UAACCUGUUGAUGUCAAAGAGGCUGCUAAUGUGUUUUUGGAUCUGGGUUUUCCCAUUAUUACUCUCUAAAUGUCACUCAUGUUGACUCUCCUAAGACAGCUACUAGAAUAUUUUGGUGUGCACAUAGAAGAGCUUCCGCCGAUAUGGGAAGCUCAUGGAAAUGGUCGUAGCGUCCUUCGUAUUAUUGUGACCCAACUCUCUACGAGUCUGUUUUCAAGAGCUGACCUCCAGCGGGCUUGCUCCGUUGUUGGGCCAUUUUGGCAAAAUGAAAGCCGUGGAUCAACUCGAAGUAUCGUUCGCAGCAUUGGAAAAAUUCUUCCUUUAGAUCCUUGCCCAAGACCUAAUUUUGAGCUGGUUACAUACCUGAACUUCCCGUACUACGAUGAAUGUGGCGAUGCUACAAGGCCUCUAGUUCCAUCUUUUGCUGAUAUUCCGUGGGUGGAGCGUGAGAGAAAAACCCCUUCCAUCAGAUUUAGGAAUGAUGCGUGGACAGAUGAAGAGGAGGAGGCAAUUUCAGCUCUUCACCCUGUGUCUUCAGCGAUGGUUUCCUUGUCACCUGUUCCGAGAAGCAGAGAACAAAUGAAAAAUGAUCUUCCUGCAGCUGAAGCGGCAAUCAAAAAAAUAGCUGCCCUGGAAGAUGAGCUAACCCUUCUUCGGUCCCAGAUAGCCGCAAUUGUCGCAGUGCAAGAACCAAGAAGUUGUACUAACUUUGAUCAGUUUUCUGCUCCAGUGGUCCCACCUCCUCCUCCUCCUCCUCCUCCCCCUCUUCCUUCAUUAAUGCCUGCCUCCAAUAACCACGACUCAAAUAAUUCAACAACUGAACUUGGAAAACAGCGUCAUGCCGCAAAUAAGAUCAACUCAACAUCCAGCGAGCCUGCUGAAAACUUGAAGGCCAGAGGAAUUCCCAGCAUGAUGGAUGUUCUGAAGGAUAUGAACAAAGUCAAGUUGCGGGCUGUUGAGCGGUCACCUGGAGGUAGACCAGUGACUAAUAAGAGAAGAAGGAGCUCCCAGUGGGAUCCAGUGUCUCUAAUUUCUCAGGCGCUUAAGCAGAAGUUUGCAUUUCAAGACGAUGAUUCCUUUGACAAAGAAAACAGAUCCUGGGAAUCUUCCCCGUUUUCUAGCCCGGAAACUCCAAAGUUCAGAUAUACCGCCCUGAAGCCAAAUGGACAUUGUCUCCCAGGAGGAUCAGCAGCAUAACAUUCAGGAAUCGGGUGAAAAGCCUGUGAAAAUGAAGAGAGCGGCGAUGCCAUUUCACUGCGUCUGUUGAACUCCGGCUUGCAGGUCCUCUCGUUUCAGAAGCUAAAAGAACUUUAUACACUGGGAUGGAUUGUAUUGGUGAAGUACCGUGAAGACUGAAAACUACCUACCUCUCCAGAUUCUGAUUUCCCAACCGUCGAGCUUUUCGGAUGGGUCGUGGGUGUGGGUUUUUUUCUGUAAUGUUAUUUUUUAAUGGAUCCUGGUUUUUUUUUCACUGUAGGAAAGCAUUCAGAAUUAAAUUUCAUAGUCUCGAAAUGGUUGAUCUGAAAGCCAUCAGUAAAAGCGGAGACUUGCCUAUGAUAUGGAAACAGUUUGAAUAAGUAGGAGAAUUUAAUUUGAUUGUAAUCGAGUCUAUUCCCGUAUUCCAUUCUGACAAUAAGAGGGUAGUGAUUUUAGUUUCUUCUACAGAGUAUCCUAAAGAAAUUGUGAUUGCACUCAGGGUGUUUUUUCUUAAUUUAUUUUGUUUGGUUCAGAAAGGAGACUUUGCACCUGUUAUUAGAUCGUAGUGAUGGUGCUUGGCUUUCAUUACGUGCAACUUUGACAGAGUUAUAGAUCUGAAACGGAGAAAUCUCGCAGAGAACCUUCUGAUCGCACAAGCAAAAUCUACACUUGUUAUGUAAAUAAGUAUAUAUGUCUGUGCUGUGUUCUUCUGCCUGGCUUUUCCGCUUGUUCUUUUGUUAAUAAACAUAAAUGUGCCUUC